UUUUCCGACUGUUACCAGUUUCUCUCUGCAUCUUCCCUGAAGAGACUAGCAACCUUUAGCGGCCGGCUUACAUCCACAAGAACAAGAUGAAGGUCAAGAGGAUGAAACACCACCGUAAAUAUGUGCGGUUUUAUACAACAUGCUUUGGUUUCCGAGAACCCUACAAGGUCUUCUGUGACGGAACGUUCAUUCACCACCUUGUGACAAAUCAAAUUACGGAUUUCAGUCAAGCCAUUUCCAAUAUCCUUGGCAAGCCAGCCAAGCUAUUCACUACCAGAUGUGUUAUUGCGGAAUUACAUAGCUUAGGAGAGUCUUUUUCUAAGUCAUUUGAAGAAGCUCGUAAUCUAUCCUUAGCGAGAUGUGAUCAUGAGAAAAGGAAAGGUGCUGCUGCAUGUAUUGCCGAUGUUAUUGGAGAAAAAAAUUCUGAGCAUUUCUUCCUUGCUACUCAAGACAAUGAGCUUCGGAUAAGGUUUCGAGAGGUACCAGGUGUACCUCUCAUAUUUGGUUUAAGAAAAUCAUUGAUUCUUGAGCCGCCAUCUACAUCACAGCGUGAAUUUGUUAAAUCAAGUGAAGAACAACGUUUACGUAUGACGGAAAUGGAAAAGACGUUACUGAAGAGGGGAAUAAGUAAAAUUGCUACUGAAGAUGGAGAUCCAACUUCUGAUGCACAUGAAGAAGCUUCAGGGAAUGAAGUUGUGCCAGAUGCUUUUAUAAGUGUUCCAAGGAAGACUGACGGGCCUCAAUUUAAAAGAAAUAAACCAAAGGGUCCUAAUCCUCUUUCAUGUAAGAAGAAAAAGGUUGCUGAGAAGCCAUCAACUGCUCCGAAUAAGGAUGGUGAUAGUGCUAAGAGGAAUAGGAAAAGGAAGAGGUCACGGCGGGGCACCAAAUCUGAAGGGGCUGAUGCAUAAAAAUUGGUUCUUGGAAACAUGAUUUACAAACAGAGUAUAUGUAUGGUAAACAAGAGAGCUUGAACUUAGCAGAAAACAAGUUGACUGCUUGUAACUCCAAGCAUUGCUGGGUACUUGUAUGUCUAUGGCUGAAGUACCCAUGUCUAUCACAAGUUGACUGUUGAACUUGUAGCAAUGUUCUAGUCAAUAUUAUAGUUAAAGUAACAUUUUACUCCUGUUCACCAUGAGUGUUUUGUUGUAAAUGCACUAGUUCACUUCUGAGAACAUGGUUCUGAACUUUAAGAUUCUAUGUGCUAGGUUAUGUUUUUGGUUCUAAAACUUAUGAUAGAGUAAUUUCUUACUCCUUUUUAUCUGUUUGUAUUUUCAUUUGUAUUUUUUUCUGAAGUAUCAUUUGUAUUUUCUGGUUAGUGUUGUAUCAUGCUGGAUUUGUUUGUGUUUUACUAUUGGCUCGAGGACAUGUAUGUUUUGCUAAUUGGAAAACCUAACUUUCAGAAAGGCUUUUUUUUCUUUCUAUUCAGUAACGGUGACAUUCUGCAAGGUAAUGUUAGCGAAUUGGACAUUUACAUUUA